GCGACCGCCCGAUGAAGCGCUAGUAUCGUUUCAAUUGCCGCCGAAGAAAGACGUUUCUAGUACUAUAAAUUAAUAUUUCAAAACUCUUUACGUGAAAUACGUAUCGAUGUUACUGAACAUUUUAAUGCGAUAUUAGGAAGCUGUGAAGUGUUAAACCUGUGAAAAAGUGUUUAAUGGUGUUUAACUAAUCUGUGAUUGUAAUCGUUUUGUCGAGAUUUUCGUAAAAAAAUCACGAUCAAAACAACUAACGGACUUGCCUGUCGGAUUUACGACAUUUCUAUUGGUUAAUAGAUAGUCGCUAUGCAGUAUUGACACGGCGUGAUGAUGAGGCUCGAGGCGUCAGAGAAACAGCAUCGCUACCACAACCUGUUGGACGACGAUCAUGCGAAUGAAAUGCUAGAAAGCGAGGGCGCAGGGCUGGCGGCACGAGUGGCUGAACUCGAAGUGAGAUGUUCAAGACAAGCUGAGGAGCUCCUCUGUCUGAGGUCGACCCUAGCAGAUGCGCUCCGGAGACUCAACGCGCUUGAAGGUCGAGCUCCAACUACAUCUAAUGUCCAAAGAAAUGGAGGAGGAACUUACACAGAGCGCACAACAGGGACACCGACCCGCGAGCUGAGAAUAAGACAGCCAUCCUAUAGAGAGAGCGUCAAACGAACUUCCAGCUACGGUUCCAGCGCUUCAUCUCUUUCACAAAGACGCGGUCCACAACACCAAUCGACGGGCUCGCUCCAGUCAGACUCGCCAGCGUCGUCUUCCUCCCUCUCCCCGGCACCCUCGCCCUCCCCCCGUGCGACGCCAGCGCCCCUCACUCCACACCCAGUGCAACCGUACAGAUCGCGCAAUAAUUCAACCUCCGGCAACCAGAGUCCGUCACCAGCUACCAACAAUCUAACAAAACGGUGGAAUUCAACGGGAGAUUUCAACGCACAGGGUCUUUUGCCCAGUACGAGGUUUACGACAACCAAAUCGUUGCUUAAUUUAUAUUCUAAGCCGUCUCAAAAUGGGCCUAUAUUGAAACAUGGCACACACACCUGUCAGUACAAUGAAGAAGAUGGCACCGUGAGAAUGUUCAUCAGGGGUCGGCCGGUGAUUCUGUACGCACCGAGCGACCACGACAACUUGGACCUGUCGAAGGUGGCUCCACCCCCACACAACAAGCUCAAGUUGGAAUGGGUGUAUGGAUAUAGAGGAAAAGACUGCCGCAACAACCUUUAUCUAUUACCGACGGGAGAAAUAGUGUACUUCGUGGCAGCGGUAGUGGUACUGUUCAACGUGGACGAACAAUGUCAGAGGCACUACACCGGCCAUACGGACGACGUCAAAUGCCUCGCUGUACACCCCAACAAGCUAAUUAUCGCCACAGGACAGUGCGCUGGCCAUGAUCGACUCGACGCUAGGCCGCACGUGCGCGUGUGGAACUCGGUGUCGCUGGCCACGCUGGCCGUGGUGGGCGCGGGCUCGCUGGAGCGCGCGGCGGCCGGCGUGGCCUUCUCGCGCGCGGACGGCGGCGCGCUGCUGGCCUGCGUGGACGACGGGCCCGACCACGUCAUCUCCGUGUGGGAGUGGCAGCGCGGCGACAAGGGCCACUGCCUGGCCGAGACCAAGUGCUCAGUGGAUACAGUGGUGGCAGUGGAGUUCCAUCCACUCGAUCGAAACCAAAUCGUCACCUGCGGAAAAGGUCACAUUGCCUUCUGGACGCUCGACGCUUCCAACGUUCUUUACAAGAGAAUGGGAAUCUUCGAGACCCGAGACAAGCCGAAAUACGUCACGUGCCUUGCAUUCAAUCACAAUGGUGACGUGAUCUCCGGCGACUCCAACGGCAACCUGAUCGUGUGGGGGCGCGGCACCAACACGGUGCACAAGCUGGUGCGCGGCGUGCACGAGGGCGCCGUGUUCUCGCUGUGCGGCCUCAAGGACGGCGGCCUCGUGUCGGGGGGGGGCAAGGACGGCCGCCUCGUGCUGUUCGACGCCGACCUCAGCGCCACGGGGACGGAGAACGUGAUCGAGGGCCACUACGGCGGAGUGCGCGUGGUGACGGAGGGUCGCGGGCGGCAGCUGUUCGUGGGCACCACCCGCAACUGCAUCCUGCACGGCGACUUGCAGCUCGGCUUCGUGCCCGCCGUGCUGGGCCACGUGGACGAGGUGUGGGGGCUGGCGGCGCACCCGUCGCUGCCGCAGUUCGCGUCGGCGGGCUGGGACCGCCUGCUGCAGCUGUGGGACGCGCUCAGCCACUCCACCGUCUGGAGCAAGGACAUCGAGGAGCGCGCGCAGUGCUGCGCGUGGGCGCGCGACGGCGGCGCGCUGGCGGUGGGCUGCGUGUCGGGCCGCUGGCUGGUGUACCACCCGCAGACCAGGGAGCUGCUGGCUCAGCACCAGGACGGCACGGAACCGAUUCAAACCAUCGAGUACUCGCCCAACAACCGGCUGGUGGCGAUCGGCUCGCGAGACAACUUCAUCUACGUGUACCAGGUGGACGACGACGGAGCGCGGUACUCCAGGCUCGGGAAGUGCCUGGGUCACUCGAGUUUCAUCACUCACUUGGAUUGGUCGGAGGACAGUCAAUACAUCAGGAGCAAUUCGGGAGAUUAUGAAGUGCUGUUUUGGAACGCGACGACGUGCCGGCAGGCCCCGUCGGGCGCGGCGCUGCGCGACGUCCCGUGGGCGUCGGCGCACUGCCCGCUCGCCUUCUCCUGCGUGGGCGUGUGGCCCGAGGGCGCCGACGGCACCGACAUCAACUCCUGCACCAGAACCCAGGACGGACGCCUGGCGGCCACGGGGGACGACUUUGGCAAAGUGAAAUUAUACGCCUAUCCGGUUACGCAGCCUAAGUCGCUGUGCGCGGCGUACGGCGGGCACUCCUCGCACGUGACGUGCGUGCGCUUCCUGCCCGACGACACGCGCCUGCUGUCGGCCGGCGGACACGACGCCGCGCUGCUGCAGUGGCUCGUCGACUAGCCGCCGCCGCCUCCGCCGCCUCCGCCGCCGCCUCCGCCGCCGCCUCCGCCGCCGCCUCCGCCUCCGCCGCCGCUCUGCUUCGCUUACUUCUGCCUAAUGCGCGCUCGACGGGAUUCUAUAAGGAGCUUAACUCUUCAGUUGCACGUGGCAUACGAUGUCUCCGCGUAUGAAAUGAAUCUGUUUCGUUAUCAUAUUUAGUGCAUACGUAGGAUGUGAUAGUUUUAAUUUCUUAUAUUAUUUUAAAUAUAUCAUAGCGUAGAGAGUUUGUACGAGACGAUAUGUACAAAGUAAAUUUUAGUUCGGUACAAAUAUUUUUUAUUUCUUUGGUCAGUAUAACUUUAAUUUUAUGAUAUUAUUUAAAAAAAAAAGAAAAUAAACAUCUUGAGGGCUGAGUGUGAAAAUAAUAUCGUUAAAAUAUGAUAUUUUAAAAUAAUAAGAAAGAAAUAAUUUGGUGCUUAUCCAUAUAAUAACGUGUCUAAAAAUAUUUGUCAUUUUGUUGAAUUUAAAUAUAAUAUUUUUAUAUAUUUAAUAGCAAGAUUAACAGUAGCGUUUGGGUUGGAUCGUGCGGUUGUGAUAGAAAGGUCUGAAUGUGUUUAAUAUAUUAAUACGCAAUCCGUCGAAUUAUCCGCUUAAACAUAUUUUUUAAGCAUUAUUUAUAAAACACAAGUAAUAUUUUUAGUAUUUUUUUACACAUGUAACACUGUGAAUAAAAGCUUUUUACGCAUAUUUUAUUAUCUCUAAGUAUAAUGUAUGUGGCACUUUUUAAUCUGUAUUAUUUAAUUAUGUCGCGUUUAUUAAUGUAAUGUAAUAGAUUUUUUUAUUUUAAGUUCACGAAACUUGAUUUAUGGAAAAAAAUCAUACGUAAUAGGUAAAAAAAAAUGUAUCGCCUAUAUACAAUAUAAUUCUAUAUAUUCAUUAUAGAUCAUAUAGAUUCUAUAUUAAUCGUCUUAUAGAUUAUUCUCAUAAAUCAAGUAAAUAAUUUUUAAGUUUAUAAGAUGGCAACAUUCCUUAAUUUAAGUUUAACUAGUAACCUAGUCACGGAGUUCUUCUUCAUUAUGGUUUUCAUCGUAGUUAAGCACUAAUAAUAAUAUAGAUGAUUGUUGUAUAUAAUAUACGGCGGCUCUGUCCGCCUCUUGAAUGUGCCUCUAAUAAAAACAAUGUUUACUGAA